AUGUACCUCACUUCUGCUCAUCUCAUCUUGUACAAGGACCAAAAAAGUGCAGAGGUAAGAUUUGUUUUUUAAGGAAGUAUCUGGAGAGAGAAUUUGAAAAUAAUCUAACGGUGCGACUUCGGAAUAGACUUUGUCUCGAAAUGAAGUAGUUUCGGAAAAAAACCAUUCCGAAAUAAACUUUCCUCAAAAUACAACUGCUGCGUUAUAGAACUGUUCCGAAAUAGAACAAUUCUCGAUGAGGUUUGUGUAUUUGGUGUAUUUCAAAACAGUUAUAUUUCGCAGCACUUCUAUUCCGAGACAAGUUCUAUUUCAAAAUCACCAAUCUUACACUGCAGAAAUGUACCGUUUAUCCCUAUCAACCCACGUGGGGGUAGAGCGACAUUGUCAGAAUCUUGAGGCGCUACUUUUUCUCCGUAUCCACACGAUCAACCGAUACUUCUUCGAGAAAAUGUUGAGUAAUUUUUGAAAAGGUGCAUGAAAAGCAUGACAAACUUUCAACGGAUCCCGGAAACGUCCCAUCAUGCCACCGCAAUACUUUUCUCAUAUGAAUCGACGUGCAACGAUAGAAAUAAGAAAAGGAAACAACAUAGGAACGGAGGCUGUCACGGAUAUAUUAGAUUUGGCAACGGUUAAAUUGAACCAUCAAUUUUUCCUUCUUUUUCAUCACGUACCUUGCGUGUGUAAUACAAUAUUGUUUAAUACACACUGUGUAUUAAACAAGACUUUGAGCGUGGGCCCGCUGCGCGAUCCGAGCUUACGCUCGGAAGUGGCUUCGCUGCAUGUUUUCUUCGCAAAAGCGUUCAACGGUUCGCGUGUUCAUUUCUUACUUUCUCCGGCAACUAUUUCCGUUUUAGAAAUGAGAAACAAUGGGUUUUUGGGGAAGAGGCUAAUGUGCGGACGAACUAAGAUGCAAAUAAAUCAUUCUCUCUUCUCUGCGCUUCGAGAGAAUGUUUUUCUGCUUCCUCACUUCGAAAAAAGUUCAACAUAGAGCCUUCAUUCGACAAAAUUAGAUUUUCGGAUUAGUUAGGCAGAUUAGUUAUUAUAGGGGCACCGCACAGAAAUGGCGCUCUGUUGAGAAACUCUUUUUGCAGUGCAAAUUGAGCGACCGGCCGAGUUUGAAAAAUUAGGCCACAUUUUCAGUGGGAAAUUACUUCGCGGCCUAGAAAUUCGGCCAGAUUGCGAACAGCGCGCACUUUCUGUCCGGUACCCCUAUAAUAAAAAUAAUAGGGAACUUUUCAAACUCGGCCCCGAGGUCGCUCAAUUUGCACUGCAAAAAGAGUUUCUCAACAGAGCGCCAUUUCUGUUCGGUGCCCCUAUAAUAUCCGGUGCCCCUAUAAUAGGUAAGAUCGUUAAUUCCGUAGAAUGGCGUUUCGAACUCAAAUUCCGCCCAUCUCAGCCAUUCUCUCAAUUCGCUUCGGGAUCCGCCCCUCCUAAAUGUAGCUGCGCCUUGAAAGUUCGCUCGCCGCGCGCGACCUUUUUCUCCGUUUGUCAACGAAAAACACACUGUUCUUAUUAACUGUUCACGGGUUUGUCCCUCUGUUUGCUUGUUUAUUUAUUUCUCCGUUUGUCCGUCCCCCCUUCAUUUCAAAAACGAAAAUUUGUGACGGAGAAAUUGAGAAAUGAACACCUGAACUUUCGAACGGUUAUAGGAAAGACACACGCGGAGUAGCCGCUUUCGAGCGUGAAGAGCGUGAGAAUUAAGUUCCAGCAAAUUUACUUUAGAAAAUUUUUCCGAACAUCUUAGUCAAAUCGUUGGUAUUUAAUUCCGAUGGUACAACAAUUUUAGGGUACAACAGGGUACAACUUAUUUCAGGGUACAACUUUUUUAAUUUUAGGGUUCAACAUCAUCGAUUCUAGGGUACAAUUCUAGGGUGGCUGAAGUCGUAAUUUUCGUCCGGAUCCAUUUUUCUCUUCACAGUGGUUCAUAUUCUAUCUAAACCAGAAAAGAAUGUGAUAUAGUACAAAAGUACGAUCAUUUGAAUCGUUCAAACAUCUUAAAUAAUUGUGAAGUAGCUCGAAUUCAAGUGAUUUCAUACAAAUUUUCAAUAACACUCGCUUCUAAACGAAAUCCGACUGAAAUUUCGCUUGAAAUGCGCCCAAACCGAGGAAAUACGGAAAAAGCUAAGUAGUUUCAAUUUGAUAAGCAACAAAAAACAAAUAAAACGCAUAAAAACAAGCUGGAAAAAGCGAACAGUACUGAAAAUGCAAAACUUCCAUAAUAAUUUCGACAUGCCUUAAAGUUUGCGCAAAAGCUGCGAAAAUCCUUAAAGUUUGCGCAACAUCUGUGAGGAUCCUUAAAGUUUGCGCAAAAGUGGCGCGCCUUUGCCGAGAUGUGCAUAAUCCCAAUAACUCGGGAAAACAUCGUUUUCUGUUGAAAACCCGUGUCCCGUAAAUCGACACUGAGAGCCGCACGCGAAAAUAUUUUUUCCAUUAAUCCAUUAAUAUUUAAAAUGGCCGUGUACUUCGCGAGGAUUCCUCGUUUCUUGAGAAGUUACUUGAGAUUCACUCGAUACAGCCUCUAGAGGAUUUGAGUAGUUAUUUGAAUGAAACUGCUCGUAAAACUUAAUAUUCGAAGAAAUUCGCAAGUCUCGAGACAGAAAUUUGCUGCUAAAUAAUUUGGGAAAAAAUCCUUUUGGGGUUGGUACAGACGAACAUUGUGGUACAUUUUUGCAGUGUCCACUUUUCUUAAUUUUCUCUCUGGAUACCUCUUUUAUUUAUUAUCUUAUGCCUCAUCUAUGGUUCUCAGAAACACGGAAAGCACUAUGACGCCCCACAAGGCGUCUGGGAUCUGAGGGGAGCUACUGUAACGUGGCAUCAAGAUGAACGAGAUGCGAAAAAGAAGACUAGAAAACAUAUCCAACUUGAAUUGUGUAAUACGAAAAAGUAUCUGUUGCGAGGAAUCAGUGAUAUGGAAGUUAUCGAAUGGUACAAAUCUCUAGAAGAAGUCAUUGCGAAGUUGGUCAGUUCUUAUUCUCGAAUCUGAAAUUGCAUGUUUUCUUUUUGGGAGACGGGGCAAUUUUGAGCUUAUUUGUAAGUGGGAGAUUAGAAACUAUUAUUUUUUUCGCUUCAAAAUACUCAAAGACAGAAGUAUAAGUCAAUCUGAAAAAUGUGGCAUACUGCAUAUUCUCGAGUGCGACAGCCCAACUUUCAAAGAUUCAAUAGUGAGGUAUUUACUAUAGAGGCACCGGACAGAAAGGGCGCGCUGUUCGCAAUCUGGCUGAAUUUCUAGGCCGCGAAGUAAUUUUCCACUGAAAACGUGGCCUAACUUUUCAAACUCGGCCCCGAGGUCGCCCAAUUUGCACUGCAAAAAGAGUUUCUCAACAGAGCGCCAUUUCUGUGCGGUGCCCCUAUAAUACGGUGCUUAAGAUCUCAAAUCAGUAUAAAAUAACUAAUACGAAACAAUUUAUUACAGCCAGUACCAGGGACUUCUACGCAAGCUGUGAUUGAUGUGACUAAUAGUGUAGCCCGCAAUCCGUCUUAUAUCGGCAGCACCCGACCACUUUCUCAUGCAUUAAUACCAAUGUAAGCUAAAUAUUUAGUUUGAAUAUGGAAAUCGAAAGAAGACGUAUUAGAAAAAAAGACUUCUAAAACUUGUGCCUGCUGCGCUGGCCGAGCUGACGUUUGGAAGCGACUUCGCCCCUUUUUUUACCUCGCAAAACCAUUCCAAAGUUCACGUGUCCAUUUCCUAAUUUCCCCGCUACAACUUCUUCUAUUUCAGAAAUGAAAAAGUUGCCGAAAGAAAGAAAGAAAUGGACAGACUCCGUUAAAUUUUUAUUAAAUAAGAAAGAUGACGAUGAUGAUGAUUUUUUUGAAAUGCUGGUGUUCCACGAAUUAUGCUUUUUCGCUUUCAGCAGUCGGAGCAUGCGUAGCCGUGACGAACCAAUGUCUCAAUCGGCAUUCGAAACCAUGUCGACGAGUGCGACAAUCGAUGAAUCACGACCUUCAAAAGAGACUAUUUUGGAGAAGCUUCGCCGGUUUUUCCGAACAAGACCAACAGUAGAGACUCUCAAAGAAAAAGGAAUUUACAAACGUGAGAAGAAAAAACAUUUACUAUAAAAGUUUUCAUUUUUUCAGCGGAACCAGUUUUUGGCUCAACGCUUUCGGCUAUCUGUCAACGCGAGAACUCUUUAGUUCCUAAGUUUAUCCGAAUUAUCACAGAAGUCAUUGAGAGCAAGGGACUUGAAACCGACGGUAUUUAUCGGUGAGCUUCCGAUUUUACUUUGUUGAAAUUUAAAUUUGUUAUAUUCAGUGUAAGCGGAAAUUUGUCAGCUGUUCAAAAAAUUCGAUGCCAGGCGGAUCAAGACAACUAUAAAGCACUUGUGGCAGAAGAAGACAUUCACGUGCUUACAGGGGCUCUUAAGCUAUUUUUUCGUGAGCUUUCAGAGCCUCUUUUCCCCACUGCUCUGCACAAAGAAUACACUUCAGCAAUGCGUGAAUUUUGAUUCUAAAUUUCUCCGACAUGCAAUUAGUAUUACAGAAAUGCCGAACGUAACAACCCGAUUUAAGAAGUUUGAAGAAUUAUUAAGCCGUCUUCCCAACGAAAAUCGAGAAACCCUCAAAAUUCUGCUCCGUCAUCUCAACCAGGUUGCUUCCCACUCGUCACAGAAUCGAAUGCAACAGCACAAUCUUGCUAUUGUGUUCGGCCCCACACUUUUCCACAACGGAGAUGGAGUAUCUAAUCUGACGAAAAAUAAAAAAGGGACGAAAAAGCAGAAAAGUUCGAAGAAGGUGGUAUUUCUGUAUUUAAAGUUUGAGGCAACUUACAGUUUUUUUUUAAUUUCAGGAAGAGAGCCAACCACUUCCAAUACAAUCAAAUUCUCAUAUGGCUUUUUUCAUGAUAAUGCAGUCUCAGAUUGUGCAGUAUCUUCUGGAGUCUGCAAACAAAUUUGACAUUCUGAAAGCACCAGUUAAUAUUGGCCGAUAAUAUGGUUUUACGUGUACCGUUUCAAAUCAAACGAGCUCACUUUCUCAACAUGUCGUGUUCACUUGACGCCUCUUUGUAUUAUUGGGUGUAUUCUUGACAAAAAUGGGUAAACCCUGUCUAAUUUUUUUCACAGUUUCGGGCCAUACGAGUUGUGUAAAUAUCUGUUUUUUCUUCUUCUUCAAUUGAAAUCAACUACUAGUCUAGGUUCUAUAAUAUUGAUUGGUUUUUUGUACCUUCUUUCUUUUGCAGCCCAUCCAUUAGCUCUGCAGUGUUGGUGAGAAUUUGCGCAAACUACGCAAUUUCUGCUAGAACUUUUCGCAAAAAUUAAAGUUUGCGCUAAAAUUGUGGGGACCCUUAAAGUUCGCGCAAAUUCUGAAAUAUUUAUUUAUUCACGUUUAUUUUUAACGUGGAGAUGCAAAAUGCAAUUUUAACGCAAACUUUAAGUGCCACCACAAUUUUAGCGCAAACCUUAUGCAACUUUUGCGAAAAGUUUGCGCAAAUUUUGACCAAGACUGCUGAGAGGGUUCCUAAUUCGUGAUUAUUUUAUGCCAAAUUUGCUUUCUCAAUCUGGAAUAAACUGAUAUUUUGUCUUGGUUUUCAAUGGAUAGAUCCUAUUUGUCAUGGCUCUUGAUUGUCCGAAUAAUUUUUCGAGAAUGUUUCAAGAUUAUUUAAGAGAUCGAAUUUGUUUUAGGAUGUCUAAAAAGAAAACUGUUUGGAUGCUGAAUGAAUUGGAAUCUUUCCAAAACCCAAAAAUCAAGCUGGAGCAGUACGCGACGUCUGCUGAACUUGCUGGUAUAAUUUCAUUUCAAACGAGAAAGCAUAGUAUAUCCAUAGUUUCAAUGAUGCAAAUGAUUGACGACACAGUUGGAAUUGAUGGUGCAAAACUAGUGGACAUUGGAUGCGGCUGUGGGAUGUUAAUGACGUCAGCGGCAGCAUUGUAUGAACCGGAAAAAGUUCUUGGAGUUGAUAUCGACCAAGAAGCGCUUGCUACGUGCUCCCGGAAUCUCGCUACUGCUAGAGUAACGGAAAAGUGAGUGCUAUCCAUUCACAUUGCUCCUCCAAAGUACUGAAAAAAUGCCUUGCCUAAUUCUUUCUUUAGUACGCGAAGACAAAAUAUUUAGAUUUAAAAAAUAUUAAUUCUCCUCAGUCAGGCAAAUCGCUUGUGAUCUAGUUAGGCGACCUAAUUAGAUUCGACAGUUUUUUCUUGGCGCAAUCGAGAUUUGAGCCAGCAGACGGUUGGCGUGAAACUUGAUUUGAGCACUUAUUAAUCUAGCUAGACAAUUUAUUAAUCUAAUUAGGUGUCAUAUCAAUCUUAUUAGGCCGCCGUUAUUAUAGAGGCACCGGACACUCUGGUAAAAUUGAAAACUUUCCUCAGCCAUUUUCAAACUUUUCGAGGCGCCACUUUAGAAAUUCUAAGGAAAGUUUGAGAAAGGCUUGAAAAAGUUUAAGAAAGGCUUGAAAAAGAUUAAGAAAGGCUUGAAAAAGUUUAAGAAUUUCUUAGAAAAGUUUUGAGCGCUUACGAAAGUUUGAGAAAGGCUUGGAAAAGUUUAAGAAGUUCUUGAAAAGUUUGAGAAAUUCUUGGAAAAGUUUUGACCGCUUGAAAAAGUUUAAGAAUUUCUUAGAAAAGUUUUUUGUCUUGAGAAAGUUUAGAAAAGUUUGAAAAUGGCUGAGGAAAGUUUUCAAUUUUACCAGAGCAGAAAGGGCGCGCUGUUCGCAAUCUGGCUGAAUUUCUAGACCGCGAAGUAAUUUUCCACUGAAAACGUGGCCUAACUUUUCAAACUCGGCCCCGAGGUCGCCCAAUUUGCACUGCAAAAAGAGUUUCUCAACAGAGCGCCAUUUCUGUGCGGUGCCCCUAUAAUAGAUUAAUAACGAAAUUCUAGAGUAAUCGCAGUAAAUUAGCAAUUAAACUAGGUCAGGUUAGAAACGCGAAUUAGCUAGCUAGAUUAGAAACGAUUUGCCUGUGAUCAUUUAAAACAUGUUACAGUGCUGGUACCCCCUUCUAGAAAAGAACCGAGUUUUUUUUCAGAGAGUGCUCAGGCAAAUCGUUUCUAAUCUAACUAGCUAAUUCUCGUUUCUAAUUUAGUUAGAUUGCUACCGAUUUCUAAAUCUAGCUAGGUUUGCCCGAAAUUUUAAUCUAAUUAGAUAAAUUUUGAAUCUAAUAUCAGUGUUUUGGAAUCUAAUUAGCUUCGCCAAUCUAAUUAGAAAAUUUAUCAGUCCAGUUAGAAGAGUUUGCAAUCUAAUCGCAGUAAAUUAGCAAUCUAAGUAGGUCCGGUUAGAAACGCGAAUUAUUAUAGGGGCACCGAACGGAAAGGGCGCUCUAUUGAGAAACUUUUUUGCAGUGCAAAUUGAGUGAGCUCGGGGCCGAGUUUGAAAAGUUAGGCCACGUUUUCAGUGGAAAAUUACUUCGCGGACUAGAAAUUCGGCCAGAUUGCGAACAGAGCGCCCUUUCUGUCCGGAGCCCCUAUAAUAAUUUAAGCAACUGGAAAUACAAUAAACGCUGUUAAAAUGAUAGUAAACACGUUAAAAAGAUGAAAAUUCUGAACAAAAUCCGUGCACGGCGAAAAUUUGGCGAAAAUUACGAAUUCGGUUUUCGCGAUGGGCCUAUUACAGGUCCAUCAUAGGGCCUAUUACAGGUCCAUCAUCGGCGAACUUUUUCUUCUUGAUUCUUCUUGAUUCUUCUUGACAUAUUAUAGGCCUAUCACAGGUCCACGUUCUCAAUAGACCGAUCGCGAAUGACCUGUAGUAAAAAAUGGAGAGCAGACUCAGAAUCUGAUGUAUGACUCACAAGGGAACCUUUUAAGUGAUUAAAGGAACCGGCCUAAACUAACGACACAGUUCGAGAGAGAGACUUUCAAAACCUAUAUUCCAGUUUUCAAAAGCUGCUUUCGAGACCUCUGAAAUGCUGAAAUUCCAGUCCGAAGUUUGACAUUUCUUAACCAUAGAUUUCGCAUUUUGGUGGCGCGGCGACCCACCCUCACACCCUCGCCAUGCGCCACGAUUGUCACCGCCCGCAACACCCUACGAAAAUGUGGUCGAGUGGCGCAGGAGUUAACGGUGGGGUUGAGGGGAGUGUGGUCACUGGUUCGACUCCCUUGUUAUGCUUUUUCUUUUUUCUUUCUUUUUUCAUGUAUUUUUGACGAAAUUGUUUUGAAAUGUUGAUUUUUGAAGAGAUUAAAGUGGCCAACUGAAGUUCCUCAUCGUGUAUGCGGAAAUUCUUCAUCAACACAUGAAUCUUUUUCGCGAUGUUUUUUUUCAGAACAGCGUUUGAGUGCAGUUGAUUCUUUGAUCCAUAACUCGAAGGGGAAUUUUUGUAGAGAAUAAUGCUCAACUACAAAGUUGAUCAGCAUGACAUUUACUACAACUUUUCAGUUGACCACGUCUUUCUACAAUUUUUUGUUUUUGAGAUACAGGCUGUUGAUUAAAAGUGGGUCGUAUCACAAAAAUCAGCAAGUUUUCAAAAAAGUUGUCAACUAAAAAAGUAUGGAAAAUGUCUUCAGUAACGUUUCUUUAGUUGACGACUUUUUGAUAUCUCAUUCAAUUCGCGAGAUACAGCAAGAUUUUGCACUACCAUCUUUAACAGCCUGUAUCUCAAAAACAAAAAAUUGUAGAAAGACGUGGUCAACUGAAAAGUUGUAGUAAAUGUCAUGCUGAUCAACUUUGUAGUUGAGCAUUAUUCUCUACAAAAAUUCCCCUUCGAGUUAUGGAUCAAAGAAUCAACUGCACUCAAACGCUGUUCUGAAAAAAAACAUCGCGAAAAAGAUUCAUGUGUUGAUGAAGAAUUUCCGCAUACACGAUGAGGAACUUCAGUUGGCCACUUUAAUCUCUUCAAAAAUCAACAUUUCAAAACAAUUUCGUCAAAAAUACAUGAAAAAAGAAAGAAAAAAGAAAAAGCAUAACAAGGGAGUCGAACCAGUGACCACACUCCCCUCAACCCCACCGUUAACUCCUGCGCCACUCGACCACAUUUUCGUAGGGUGUUGCGGGCGGUGACAAUCGUGGCGCAUGGCGAGGGUGUGAGGGUGGGUCGCCGCGCCACCAAAAUGCGAAAUCUAUGGUUAAGAAAUGUCAAACUUCGGACUGGAAUUUCAGCAUUUCAGAGGUCUCGAAAGCAGCUUUUGAAAACUGGAAUAUAGGUUUUGAAAGUCUCUCUCUCGAACUGUGUCGUUAGUUUAGGCCGGUUCCUUUAAUCACUUAAAAGGUUCCCUUGUCAGAUUUUCAGAUGUGAACUUCGACAACUCGACGUUCUUGAUCCGAAAGCUGACUGGCCCUGUGGCUUUUUCGACAUUGCCAUUAUAAAUCCACCAUUUGGAACAAAAAAUAAUUAUGGUACAACCAGGGCUGGGUAUCAGGCCAGCUCUGGCUUUUCGAACCUCGAAAUUCGAACCAUUCGAGGCACUAGCAAUAAUCCGAUAGGAUGCAAACCUUGCGGGUCUUCUAUUAUAGGGGCACCGGAUAGAAAGGGCGCGCUGUUCGCAAUCUAGCAGAAUUUCUAGGCCGCGAAGUAAUUUUCCACUGAAAACGUGGCCUAACUUUUCAAACUCGGCCCCGACGUCGCUCAAUUUGCACUGCAAAAAGAGUUUCUCAACAGAGCGCCAUUUCUGUGCGGUGCCCCUAUAAUACGAUUGAUGUAUAUUGUCUAGGUUAACUUUCAGACCGAUCGAAUUAUCUGGUUUUAAUCCGCACAUCACCGAAUCAGAUAAUCCGAUCGAUGGGUCUGAAAGGAUCCUAUCGGACUAUUGCAAGUUGUCCAAGACCUUCGAAAAGCCUCGCCCGGCCUUCUCUGGGUUCAACUAAAGUUAUUCCAUUUCUCGCUCUUGCCCCUUCGGCGUUUGCGAACUCAAUAUAAAAUUUCAGAAAUAGACUUGUGUUCGGUGUGUCUUUUCGAAACUGUCGCAAGUAAUUUCUCGAGUCAUUUCUUGAGUCAUUUUUAAGAUGGUCCGUUGACUUGAUUCUCGAGAACACUGCUUGUGUUUGCGAACACGUACUGGGCAAUAGCGAAAUUGAGAGCAGGUUCAGGGAAGCUUGAAGAAAACAUUUAGGCAUCGACAAGAAAUUCGUGGAGGUUGGAAUUCAGUUGGUACGACCCGGUGGUAGUGUCUUCUCACUUCACAAGUCUACCUCACGAAAUUAUAUUUUGAAAACGGCAAAAAAGUGGUUAAAUGUUGAAGUGAGUCUCACUUAUCUCACUUGUAACGUUACGUUUUAUAUAUGCAGGCAGAUUGUUGCGCGGAAAUGCGCUGGGAACUCCCGGCUACCUACAAGUUUCACAAACACAAUGCCGUUGAUAUUGCUGUCGACUUGAUGCAUUUCAAGAAAAAUGAAACGUCUACCACGUGA